GCUGUUGAACGCGCUGCAGUGCUUUCGUCCUUCCUUUCAGUCUUGUAAUCCUUCUGCGUAGGGUGUGCUCCGAAGCUAGACUCGGCACACUUUUUAUUAUUAUGAAACAAACCAAAAGCUAGAGAGCACACGCAGACAUAUUUUUAUAAGAAAAAAAAAACAAAAAAAAAAUCGGUGAAGCAGGAUUUGAUUUUCCAUCCCAAGAAACUGAAAAGAAGAGCUGCCGUCAAAACGAAAGACGGAACGAGGAGAGCGUCGUUAGCAGCUACCUGUCCUAGCGUCGUUGUUGGAAGCGUGGCUAACCGGCUGGUUCCUGACUCAACGCGUUGUUCCACCUGCUGUACUGCGUGACUGUAUUUGUUCGUCACUCCGUCUAAACUUCAAGAAGCUACAGCGAAGGAGCUGAAAUUAAAUAGUAAUUUGUAAGCCGUGCUAGCUAGGCCACGCUGCGACAUCUUGCUAAUCACGCCACGCAGUCCGCGUUGUAAAAGUGUCUUUAUCUGCGCUUUUUUAGGCAAAUAAAAAUAAAGACCUAUUAGUUCCGGUCGACUGAAGGCCACGGUUGAAUCUAAACUUGAACCUUGUGAGUCUGAAAACGCACUCAGCCCAUCAUGAACCCCAGCGCGCCCAGCUACCCCAUGGCCUCCCUCUACGUAGGAGACCUGCAUCCUGACGUCACCGAGGCCAUGCUGUACGAGAAGUUCAGCCCGGCCGGACCCAUCCUCUCCAUCAGGGUGUGCAGGGACAUGAUCACCCGCCGGUCGCUUGGCUACGCCUACGUGAACUUCCAGCAACCAGCUGAUGCCGAGCGAGCCUUGGACACGAUGAACUUUGACGUGAUCAAGGGGAGGCCUCUCCGCAUCAUGUGGUCUCAGCGUGACCCUUCACUGAGGAAGAGCGGGGUGGGGAACAUCUUCAUCAAAAACCUGGACAAGUCUAUUGAUAACAAAGCCCUGUAUGACACAUUUUCUGCAUUUGGAAACAUCCUGUCCUGCAAGGUGGUUUGUGAUGAAAAUGGCUCAAAGGGUUACGGCUUUGUGCACUUUGAGACCCACGAAGCAGCUGAGCGUGCCAUUGAGAAAAUGAACGGCAUGUUGCUCAAUGACCGAAAAGUAUUUGUUGGACGUUUCAAGUCUCGUAAAGAGAGGGAGGCUGAGCUUGGGGCACGUGCCAGAGAGUUUACAAACGUGUACAUCAAGAACUUUGGUGAGGACAUGGAUGACGAGAAGUUGAAGGAAAUGUUUGGCAAAUAUGGGCCUGCGCUGAGCGUCCGGGUUAUGACUGAUGAAAGUGGCAAAUCCAAGGGAUUUGGUUUUGUCAGCUUCGAGAGACACGAAGAUGCUCAGAAGGCUGUUGAUGACAUGAACGGCAAAGAGCUGAAUGGCAGGCAAGUGUACGUGGGUCGUGCACAGAAGAAAGGGGAGCGUCAAAAUGAACUCAAGCGCAAGUUUGAGCAAAUGAAACAGGAUCGCAUGACCAGAUACCAGGGUGUCAAUCUAUAUGUGAAAAACUUGGAUGAUGGUCUGGAUGAUGAGCGCCUGCGCAAAGAAUUCUCUCCGUUUGGAACAAUAACCAGCGCAAAGGUGAUGAUGGAGGGUGGCCGCAGUAAGGGCUUUGGCUUCGUGUGUUUCUCCUCCCCGGAGGAGGCCACCAAAGCUGUGACAGAAAUGAAUGGGCGUAUUGUGGCUACUAAGCCUCUGUAUGUGGCCCUGGCCCAGCGGAAGGAGGAGCGUCAGGCCCAUCUAACAAACCAGUACAUGCAGAGGAUGGCCACCGUGCGUGCUGUGCCCAACCCUGUGCUCAACCCGUAUCAGCCUGCUCCACCUUCAGGCUACUUCAUGGCUGCCAUACCACAGGCUCAGAACCGUGCUGCGUAUUACUCUGCCAACCAGUUGGCCCAGCUCCGCCCCAGUCCCCGUUGGGCUACUCAAGGAGUGCGUCCUCAGCACUUCCAGAACAUGCCAAACGCUAUGCGCCCGUCAGCACCCAGGCCUCAGGCCUUCAACACCAUCCGCGCCACCACUACCACCAACGCCCAGGUCCCACGCAUGAUGACUUCCCAGCGCAUGCCGACUCAGGCGCUCAGCCAACGCCCUGCCGGCGCGUCGGCCACUGCCGCCCCAGUACGUGCCAUGCCCCAGUACAAAUACGCCGCUGGUGUGCGCAAUCCUCAGCAGCACAUGGCAUCCCAGCCACAGGUCGCCAUGCAGCAACCUGCGGUCCAUGUCCAAGGUCAGGAGCCCCUGACGGCCUCCAUGUUGGCUGCUGCACCCCCCCAGGAGCAGAAGCAGAUGCUGGGUGAGCGUCUGUUCCCCCUCAUCCAGAACAUGCACCCCAGCCUGGCGGGUAAGAUCACCGGUAUGCUUCUGGAGAUCGACAACUCUGAGCUGCUUCACAUGCUGGAAUCACCCGAGUCGCUGCGCUCCAAGGUGGAUGAGGCUGUUGCUGUGCUUCAGGCCCACCAGGCCAAAGAGGCGGCCCAGAAGUCCACCACCCCUGCUGGAGUUCCCAGCGUCUAAGAUGGUGCAUUUUGAAAUCUGCUUCACCGAUGGAAAAAGAAAAAAAAAACUUAAACAUUGAAAAACUUAAAACUCUGAAAACAUCGCAAAAUGAUAAAUUAUUUCUUAAAAAAAAGGAGGAUUGACUUUGCCAGGUCUAGGGAGGAUUUGACUAGACCUUGAUUAUAAAUUUAUAAAACUUUUGGAAAAAAAAAAAGCAAAAUGGAUAAAAUUGACUUCAUAAAAUUAAACAUUCCUGUUUUAUGUCAUUUUAUUGUCAGUGCUCAGAAUAUCAGCCAAGUUCAGGGAGAGGGUUGCUGAGUGUUUUGAGCAGAGCUUUGUAUGGUGAACUACUGGAUGAAUAAAUUGACAUUCAAAAAUA